GAAUUUCGCUCGGGGGAAAGGUCCUCGUCUAAAUUCUAAAACCUUCAUUUCCAAGCUCUCUCUCUCUUCUCUCUUCUCUCUCUCUCUCUCUCACAUACACAGUCACACAGAUCCAUAGCUCCGGCAAGUCGUCUCUGAAAUGUCAUUCCGAGCUUAUACUUCACUCGCAAGAAGGAUCCGUUGAAUUUCGUUCUGCCGACAGUAAUAUCGUAUAUCUUCGUUAUACAUACGCGUAUAUAGCGGUGUGAAUGGGGGCGGUGCCAUCAACGCCGCGGUUCACCGGCGCUGUGCGGCAGGAGACAGCGGAGUACCUAAUUGGAGCGUUUAUCGGCGAUAAAUCAUAUCCGCUUACCUCGGAUUACUGGCAGAAGCUUCUCCUGCACCCACUCUACCUCCAUUGGUCCACCGACCGUGUUCACGAAGCUUGCCGCCUCUUCGCAAAGAACAACCAUAACACGAGGCACCUUGCCAAGAUCCUAGUUCAUCUAAGUUGGUGUUUGCAAGAGUGUGUUUCUGCAUCAGAUGUACCUUCUUUGUCUAUUAUGAAAGCCCUCAAUGCAGUGUACAUCUCAUCUAUUUUUCUGAAAUACCUGAUUGAGAAUGCCAAUACUGAUAACUUUGAAGAAUUGUACAUAUCUCUAAAUGAAAGCGAGGAGAUACCACAUAAUCUCUCAACAGAUCAGAGGAUUGAGCAUCUCAUUGUCCAUAGUGUGUUUAGCUUUGUUGGAAAAGUAGACGUGAGUACCAACUCAUUUCUUCUGCACUAUGAACUGCUUAACUUCAUGCUUGUUGCCAUGUCAACACAACUCCUUUCGGGGCCAUCACCUGGCCCAAGUGAUAUUCAUCCUUUCAUUGAUGCUGCAAUGGUACAGGAAAGCUCUUUGGUGAAUAUGGUUGUUCAAAAACUGCUUCAUAAUUACAUCACGCGACCACGCUUCCCUGCAAAGUCCUUAUCUUAUCAGAUAUUUGCUGAAGGAAAUCAGCCUGGUGUUUUACAGAGAGUUGGCUCUGUAGCUGCAAACCUUGUGCUAUUGCCAUUAAAUUACUUUGCCAGCUCCAGUGCUGAAGCUUCUAAAAGUCCAUUGGCAGACAGCAGUCUGAAUAUUUUACUUAUCCUUACUCACUACCGCAAGUGUCUCAAUGUGGACCGUGGAAAAGAUGAAAGUGAUUACAGUAUUUCAGAUCCUCUCCCUAAGGAAGAAACAUGUUUUUUUGAAAAUCCUUACUGCGUGGCCUUAAAUAAUGCUCGGGAUACUGAAUUUGAUCGUGUUGAUAUAGAAGGGACUGCACAAAAUGGUCCACUUGUGAGACUGCCUUUUGCUUCUCUUUUUGAUACCCUUGGGAUGUGCAUGGCUGAUGAGACUUCUGUUCUCCUUCUUUAUUCACUUGUCCAUGGGAACUCAGAUUUUCUAGAAUAUGUUUUGGUCAGGACAGAUCUUGAUACCCUGUUGAUGCCUUUGCUGGAAACACUGUAUAAUGCUCCAAGAAGGGCACCCAACCAAAUCUACAUGGUCCUAAUUAUCCUUCUUAUACUCAGUCAAGAUUCCUCUUUCAAUGCUAGCAUACACAAACUGAUGCUGCACAGUGUCCCAUGGUACAAAGAGCGUGUCCUUCAUCAGACAUCUCUAGGUUCUCUCAUGGUCAUAAUCCUGACAAGGAUUAUCAACUAUAAUCUAUCUAAACUUCGGGAUGUUUAUCUCCAUACAAAUUGUCUAGCAACUUUGGCAAAUAUGGCACCUCAUGUCCAUCGCCUUAGUGCCUAUGCAUCACAGCGUUUGGUUAGCCUUUUUGAUAUGCUUUCACGCAAGUACAACAAAUUAGCUGAGAUGAAAAAUGACAAGAUGAGUGUUUCCAAUGGUGAAUCAAUAGGAGACAAUCUACCAGAGGACAGUUCAGCUGAGCUGCAUAUAUACACCGACUUCCUGAGGAUUGUUUUAGAAAUACUGAAUGCAAUCCUAACUUAUGCACUCCCUCGAAAUCCUGAGGUUGUUUAUGCAAUUUUGCAUAGGCAGGAGGUUUUCCAUCCUUUUAAGAGUCAUCCACGGUUUAAUGAGCUGCUUGAUAACCUUUUUACGGUCUUAGACUUUUUUAACAGCCGCAUGGAUGCACAAAAAAUAGAUGGUGAAUGGUCAGUGGAGAAAGUACUUCAGAUCAUAAUUGUUAAUUGCCGAUCUUGGAGAGGUGAAGGCAUGAAGAUGUUUACGCAAAUGCGUUUUACUUAUGAACAAGAGAGUCAUCCAGAGGAGUUCUUCAUACCUUAUGUAUGGCAGUUGGUUCUGUCUCGAAGUGGUUUGGAUUUUUCUCCUAGCAGUAUAAAUCUUUUUCCAGUUGACCUCCCUGUGGAAGAUGGAUUUGCUGGUUCAGAUGCAGGCAAGCUACAAAAUGGCGAAUUGGAUGGAAGUAAACAUGUCGGAAUCUGGGUUGAAUGAUCGUGGGCCCCAAAAGUUGGUUGGUUGUAUGUAUAUAUGUAUAUAUAUACGCAUAUACAUGUGUAUAUAUAUACAUCUUAGAUAUGUAUUCUUCUCAUUCUUUAAUAUGUUUAUAGCUCAAGAGUAUAGAUGUGGUUACUUAAAGUUGAAUUUGUUGAGAUUUUUUACCAGUGUAAUGAAUGGGAGUGUUGGUAAAGUUCAGGGCUAGUCUUUUUCAGGGGCGUUAAAAAUUUUCUGGUAGCCAUGUGAUAUAAUUU